AUGGAUUAUACAGAGUUUGAAAUGCCGUCCUUUGCAGAAUUCUCUAAGGAGUUAGCAUAUAGAACGCCCAUAUACGUUCAUCCCGCAAGAAAAAUAAAUUACAUCACCAAAAACUUGUGCUAUACUGACAUAAUCAACAAUCAAAAAAAGAAUACUCAGAAGAAAUGUAGAAGAAAAACUGUCAUCAACAAGCUAGAAGAAACGUAUUGGUCAAACUGGAAACCUAGCAAGGAAAACCAAGACGUAUUUGAAGAAUAUAAUGAUAAAAAACACACCCACAGUAGUAAAAAAUGCCAUGGUGAUACGUCCGAGUCCAUUGUGGAGCACUUCACAUCCAACAACUUCCAAAACUCCACCACAUCCACCGACUACUUCGUGAAGAAGCGCGUCAGCAAGCAAAAACAAUCCAUAGACGUCCAAACUGAACUCAGCUCCAUCGCGUUGACAAAAUUGGAAGAAAAAAGCAAGUCAAUAGAAAAUUUGGCCUCCCCUGAAACCGUCAAGGAAGACGCGGCCCAAAAGAAGAAAACCCGGGAUGAGACAAGCGAAAAAAAAGAUCCCGUCAAGUCGGAUAACGAAGACUUCUGGAACGUGAUUGAAGAAGAAACGAUGAAUCUCCGAAGCACGUACAGUAGCGUGUCCAUAAAGCACACGGACUCGUUGAUAAUCCUAAAGAAGAAACAAAAUGAGUCGAAAGAGAAAGUGCAGCAACCUAAAUGCAUCAGGCUUUUUAAGAAACUUAAAACGGGGAGCGUGAAUUUGAGUAGGAGCUAUAUGCGGGGUGGCUCGUAUCCUUUGAGUUCCUGCCAAGGGUCUGGAAAGACCAGUUUGGUGCUCAGCAAUAACAAGAAUAAAGCGAAGAAAAGUUCCUUUGAAGAUGUAGCUGUUUCAGGCCAUACAGAUGGUAGACUGCCCAUAAGCGGGGUCUUGCACAGGUUUGUGGGCGAUGUUGGUCGCCCUGUUAGCUCGUCUCACCAACAGAAAACCGACAAUUCGCCACCGUGGUCUCCGGUGUGA